UUUGAUAUAAAGACUCUAGGUCCUGUAAUAAAACUUUAGCUCUAAAGAGAUGUUGUUAAAUUAAAAGACCAGUGCAACUGCUUUUGUGAUGACAGAAAACGCCUUAAAGAAGAUAGAUAGAAGAGCAGUCUUCUUCAAGAUUUUUAAUCCUACAGUCAAGAGUGAACUGAGAAUACCAGCCCAUUUUCUAAGGCAUAUUUCAGAAGAUUCACCUGAUAAAGCAACUCUGAAAUGUCUUUCUGGAGGCACUUGGAAUGUAAAAUUACACAUUGAUGAAAAUGGGUUGCUUAUAAACCAAGGUUGGGAGAAAUUCCACAAAGAUAACCAUAUAGAAGGUGGGGAGUUUCUCUUGUUUAGGUACGACGGGGCUCUACAAUUUACAAUAAGAAUUUUCAGCAAAAAUGGAAUGGAGAGAGAAGUGAAGUCAAUAAACAUGGACAAAAAUCAAAAAGCUUCAAUAUUUGAUAUGGACAAGAACCAGAAAAUGCCACCAAAAUACCCUUACAAUUCCAAAUUCCCUAAACAGACUCAUGUGGACGUUGAAAAUGGCACAGAACAUGAAACUCCAAGAAAAAAAGUUGCACUUGAGAAAACUGAGGUCCUUCUAACUCCAGAUAUUCCUCAAUUUGUGAAAUGUUUGAAAGGCUACAAUGUGAACAAGUCCUGUUUCAUAUAUGUUCCAAAGCCUUUGUGUGAACAACUUUCAGAAUCAGCCAAUAAGACAACAGUUGUACUCAGUAAUUCAGAAGGAAAACAAUGGAAAGUGAAUUGUAUAUUACAAAAAGGAUACCAUGCUUUUUGUGGAGGGUGGAAACAGUUUGUGAAAGAUAACAAACUUAAAGAAGGAGAUGUCUGUGUUUUUCAGCUUGUCAAUACAAAUGAACUGAAGGUCUCCGUUUUCGACGAUCCUCCUGAAUCUCUACUGAAACUUGCUGCAUAAAAAUGUACAAGAAUGUAAAUAUUAGUAAUUUGAUGAAAUGUCUUGGAACCUGAUUCCUGAACUUUGUAGCUACUUAACAUUGACUAGCCUGUGGACUGAUAAUGGGUGCUUACCUAGUUGAAGAAGAAGGAAGAAGCAGAGAAAUAGAGAGAAGGAGAAGUAUGUGUGUAAUGAGAGAAUUGUAUUUCAUUGCAUUACCCGCAUCUGUACAAAUAUUAGAGAUAUAUAUAUAGGAUUAGUUCCAUCUCUAAUUAACUGACAUUAACAGCUUAAAGUAAUUGUUAGGGACUAACUAAUUAACCGUAGGAAAUUACUCUAAUGCCGUUCUUUUAACUAGCUAUGUUACAUCUUUCUCUUCACUCCCCUCAAGCUAGGUACUGAAAAUAUAUUAAGAACA